UAUGUCUUCAUAGAAUCAAUUAUUCCAAAUAGAAAGUGACUCUUUCCCUUUUCACCAAAUCAUCUGUUCAACAAUUUCUCAUCUUUGUCAAGUUGAUCACUUUUGUCCAACGUUUACUAAUUAAAAGUCUUGUUAAUUGUUUCAAUCAUGUCAAUUCCAACCUUGAUGAGAUUAGUUUCAGCUUCGGUAACAGUAGCUAAUAAGGCUGGAGGAAUUGUGAAAGGAAUCAUGAAUCGAGGUAAUUUAGGAAUUGUUGAUAAGGGUGUUAAUGAUUUCCAAACGGAAGCUGAUCGAAUGGUCCAACGGUGUAUUGUGGCCUCAUUAUCUCGUUCUUUUCCCAAGAUAACCAUAAUUGCUGAAGAAGAUCUUGAACCAAGUACUUCGGAUGAGGAAUUAAUUUGCUCCAAUUUGGAUGAAAAUGUUCUUAAACAUUCGUGUCCAAGUGAUUUGGUUAAUGUUAAAGAUGAAGAUAUAGUUGUUUGGGUUGAUCCUCUUGAUGGAACUGCUGAAUUUACUCAAGGUUUACUUGACCAGGUAACCAUUUUGAUUGGAAUUGCUGUUGAUGGAAAGGCGGUUUCAGGGGUAAUUCAUCAACCCUAUUAUCGGUAUAAUAUUGAAACAGAUCUGGAGAAAGUUGGACGAACCAUGUGGGGUGUUGUUGGCCUUGGUGCUUUUGGAAUUGAAAAGAAAGAACCUCCAGUUGAUCAGUUGAUUAUUGCCACAACUCGAUCACAUCGAACCAAAUUGGUUGAUGAUACACUUAACGCUAUGAAACCAACAACUGAAUUAAGCAUUGGUGGUGCUGGAAAUAAAGUUUUACUUGUCAUUGAGGGUAAAGUUCAUGCUUAUGUUUAUCCAAGUAAAGGGUGUAAAAAGUGGGAUACCUGUGCCCCUGAGGCGAUUCUUCAUGCUUUAGGUGGUAAAUUUACCGAUAUCAAUGGAAAGAAUAACAAAUAUUUCAAAGAUAUUCCUUUUCCAAACACUGGUGGUAUUCUAGCUGCUCAUUCACCUGAAGCAAAUGCUAAAUUGGUCUCAUUGGUUCCAGAAUCAGUUAAACAAUCAAUGGUCUCUCAAUAAACGACAUCAUGAAGUCAAAUCAAAAUCCUAGAAGAAAAAAACAAUCACCGAAGAGGAAGAAGAAAAAUCAAAAUCAAAUUACAAAUCACUAAUAUCACAAAUUAACCAGCUAAUAGAUGAUCACCAUAUUAACCAGAUAAUUUUAAUUUUCUUUUUUAAAUUGUCACUCCAAAAGAAAAUCUCGAUCAAAAACAUUCCAAUAGAACCUCCAGUUUCAUAUGAGAUAACUUGAUAAGGAAUAAAGUUAUUUCAGUUUUAAUUAUUUCUCCAUGUGAUCCAUGUGAAUUACAGAUAUUUUACAUUAGAGAGAAAUUAAACAAUCAAUCAAAACGCUUC